CUUGUUUUGAAAAUUGAGCUCGCGUGUUUGGGUCAUCUUGAGUGCCUGUGGAGCUCGUGUGCUGCAAAGCCUGAAGGAAGAACUCUAAAUUUUUUUUUAAUUUUGGCAGUAUAUAUUUUAUUGGCCGUAAAGUAAAAAGCUUUCCAGAUUUAAACCUGAAUCCCAUACAAUUUUAGAAGAUGAACGGAUACAAUGAAAGCAGUGACAGCCUGCAAAAAAAGAAGAAAAAGAGCAAAAAAGGAGGAACAUCAUUAGAGGCAUCAUUUAGUGGCGAUUUUUCAUUUAGCACAUCACACGGUGUGUUUGAUGCGGCUGCCUUUGUAAAACCAAAGAAGAAAAAGAACGAGAAUGAGAUGAAUGAAGUGGGAAGUGAGGGUCAGUUUGUUAUUGUUGAUCAUACAGGAACCACUACAGAUGAACUCUCUGGAAGUGAUGUCUCAUCUUUAGUAAUAACUGAUGUUGGAAGCCCGAAAAAACAUAAAAAGAAAAAGCAGGCAGAAGUGGUUUUGGACAAACAAGCUGGUCAGAAAGUCACAGAAGACAGUGCUAUUCAAAACCAGGACAAGGAAUGCAGAUCUCACAAGAAAAAGAAAAAACGAGAUUUAGAGAAAAUGAAUUUGGAGGAAGCUCAAUUUAAAAUCCUGAAGAAAUACUGCAGUGGAUAUGAUUUCCAACCAAAAUUGGAGAAAAAGAAGUCGAAGAAGAAAAAUCCCAAGGAAAAUCUUCUUGUCCAAGAAUGUGAAGGGGAUAGUGGUAUUAUUGAGCAGUCUCAAAGCAAUACCGCAGAUGUCUCAAUAAGUGCUGCUGAUGGAAGUCCAGCAAAGAAGAAGAGGAAGACAAACAAAGUCGACCAGUUGGUUAUUGAUGAAAAUAACGGCGAUAAUUGCGCUGGACCUUCAGAGAAUGAGGUCUCAACAAUUGAUUUUGAAGGAAGCCCGUCAAAACAAAAGAAGAAGAGGGAAAUAAAUAAAGCAGACCAGUUUGUUAAUGGUGAAAAUAAAAGCGAUAAUUGUGCCAGGCCUUCUGAGAGUGAGGUCUCUACAAUUUAUUUGGAAGGAAGCCCAUCAAAACAAAAAAAGAGGAAGAAGAUGACAAUGAAUACAGCAGUUAAUGGUGAAAAUAAGAGCGAUACUUGUGCCGGACCUUCUGAGAGUGAGAUCUCAACAAUUGAUUUGGAGGAAAGCCCAUCAACACAAAAAAAGGGGAAACAUAAAAAAAUUAGCAUUGAUUAUAUCAUACCUGAUGAGGAUUGUCAGCAAGAAGUGGUUCAAGCUAGCAAAUGUGAAAAAAGCCAAUCUAAAACUGAGCAGGAAGGAAAGUUGGAAUCCAGUGGAAAUAUGGAAUGCAGUACUCCAAAGAAAAAUACAAGUACUUUACCUUCAUCCUCUGGGUCUAAGAAACAAAAGUACAGUGUUAGAAAGAAGCAAAUAAUGAAUCAAGGUGACAAAGAGGAAGAGCACGAUGAUGUACUUGACAAUAUGCUGCGAGGAAACUUUAAUUCAAAUGAGGUUCCAAACUUCAUCAGAAAGGAUAAAAAAUACAAAGAGCUUACACAGAGAGAAAUAGAUGCCAAGUUUGACCGUCUCAGUAUUUCAACAAACUUCAAGGUUCACGAGGAGCACACUGUCGAGCCAGUAGUUAAAGCGUAUCUGGAUAAGGCUUUGAGGCUGGAAUUCAAAAAAUAUAACAUGAUGCCUCAUGGAAAGCAAUGGAUCAAAGCAGAAGAUGAAUUGCUACUUAAAAACUGGGAGACUUUUAGGAAAACUUACGGUUUGGAAGAAGAAGAUUGGCAAAUGUUUCAAGUGACCAGAAAAGAGCGAAAAGAUGAAAUUUUGACAUUUUACAGAUUUCUUGGACAGGGCCUGCCAAGCAGACCAUUGCAGUCAAUUUCCAGGCGCUUUAUACACAUUAAAAUUCAUGGCUCCAGGAAAAAGGCCAUUCCCUUCACAAGGGAGGAGGACGAGUACAUCCUACAUGUCCUAGAUACGUGUGAGGUGAAAGAUCAGUACAGCAGGCUGGCAAAAAUUUUAGACCGAGAAAAGCAGUCUGUCCGAUUGCACUGCCUGAAGCUACUGUCAAAAAGGGAGGCAGACAAAACCACCCCAUAUCAUUUAUUGAGUCGUGAAAACUUGACCUUGAUUGUGAAGGCAAUCAUGAAGUCCGUUAAUGCGUCCACCGUGCACGAACUUUCGAAGUACAAAAGUAUCCCGUAUCGCACAGUGGCCGAUGAACUUGAUAUCAGCGAACAGCGCAUUUACAAACUGUGGACUCAACACCUGUACCACUCUUUGCGACUGGAAUUCGUGGUGCUCAGGGACUCCAUUAUCCUGAAGGCGGUGGACGUUAUUCUGGAAAAUAACUGGGAUGAUCCAUUGGGAGUGGACUGGGAAGAGGUGGCAAGACAAGUGAGACCAUUUCAUCGCCAAAUCCUCAGUGAAAUGAUCAGGGACAGAAUCAAAAGAUUGAGCGACACACAAGAAGACCGCAGCUUCUUGAAAAAGUGUCAAAAACUCAAAAGAACGCUCGAAGCUAGAAUUGCAGAAAAUAAGUACUUCAAGAGAGACUUCAUUUACCCACUGAAUGUUACGGAAGAUGGGGUAGUCAUGGCUUAAUUUAACUAGAUGUUGUACAAGGCGCUAAUAUUUAAAAAAAAUUAUAGAUUUAAUUUCCCGCAAUAGUCCUAAUGUUUGGGAAAACUAUUUUUAAUUUUUUAGAAUAGAGGCCCUUAAACUCUACGACAGAAGAUAUAGUUUGAGUUUUAUUUUCAAGAAGUUGUAAACUUAAUUCACAGUUUUGGCGGAGAGCACCGAUUAACUAUCUGAAAAAUGUGCACUGAACUCAGUCGACAAAGUUUUUCGCUUAUCAAUGAUAUUCCCUGCCACCUGCGCUAAAAAGUAGUUUGGUUCCUUAUUUUUAAAUUUCAUUUAAAGAAUAUGCCAGAAUACAUGUGCACAUUGGAUAUUUUUUUCUGCUAUGGCUCCAGUUCGGAGAAUUGGUUAAAUUUGGAAACACAUGACUUUGCUGACAUGAAAUAAUGUUUUACUUUUUGUUUUCAUAUUUUUUAUGUGCAUGCAUUUUUGUAUUGAAUAGGUUGUCAAAAUAUAUUUAAAAUUUUAUAUCAA